AUGCCAAUGAUGACAAUAAUGAAUCGUCUACUUGCAUCUCAAACAUUUUAUUUUGUUCCUAAUACCGAUAAUAAUACGAACGGAAACAAUAGAAAAAUUACAAAACACGCUGGUCCAACUGUUUUUCAUCUAGGUAAUUUUAUAAUAUCGAAUGUUAUUUUCACUAUUCGUUCAAAAUCAUAUAUGCCGAUCUAUGAAAUAUUCGGUACGUCAACGUUCACAAAGAAUAUGUCAUUUGAAAUACAUAAUUUACCUCGAUUUAUUAGCAUUGAUAAUAAAAGAAAGACAUCGUUAGCCUGGUAUCAGGGUGAUAACAAUAUUGAAAAUUGUUUCGUUGGAAAAAUUACAUUGUGUCAUGUAUUACCAGUCAUGGUACGUACAAUCGAACAUCCAUGUUUACGCAAUAUGUUUGCUCAUGAAGAAGAGGAGAAAAAAUGUUUAUUUAUUGAAUCGUCUAUGAAACCACUGUUCGUACAAAAUAUGCAUGAUAGUACUUGGAUUCCGUGGCAGACGAUAUUUACUGUAUUAUGA